CUCGGCCUCGAAGUGAAAUGAAGCCUCCGCCCAUGUGACUUCUGACGUCUCAGCAGAGUCCUGCUAAAAAGAAUUUGAGGGAAUGAGUUUGCUGCUCACCAGGGGGAUCCACGGCGGCUUCCUGACGUUUGCCUCAAGGAAGUCUGAAAAGUUGCCUGCUUGCCAACCCACUUAUUAUCAUAUUUUUUUAAAUUAUUUUUAAUCCGGUACACUCGUGAUGUCCGGCGAGCACAGAGAGACACAAGAGGGUAUGAAUACGUACUCUGUAACCCUCAGCGGCUCGCCGCCUUGGGGCUUCAGGCUGCAGGGUGGCAAGGACUUCAACAUGCCUCUCACCGUGUCAAGGUUGACGCCGGGUGGAAAGGCAGCUCAGGCUGCCAUCGAUGUUGGAGACUGGGUGGUGGCGAUCGGUGACGCCAACGCAGAGGAGAUGACCCACGUGGAGGCACAAAACAAGAUCAGAGAAGCGGCAGGCUCCCUCACCCUCACCCUCAGCAGACCCUCCAAAGCGGGUGGAGACCAGAAGAUGGAAGCUCAUUACAAGCACGGCCUCAGGGUGGAGAACAUCCCCUGUUUUAUACCCAACGACCGCAGCAAGAAGAGGCUGAUUGAGGACACUGAGGACUGGCAGCCCCGCACUGGUACCACCCAGUCUCGUUCCUUCCGCAUCCUGGCUCAGCUCACAGGCACCGACUUCAUGCAGGACCCAGAUGAUGAAAACAUGAAGAGGUCCAGCCUUGAGCCAACUCCCUCACCUGCCAAGGCCCAAGCAGCAAAUAAACCAGAUGAAUCGACAAGUGCCGCCGCCGCCGCACCAAAGAUUUCUGCUCCUUCCUGCCGACCGCCGUGGGUCUCGGACCCCAAUUUUGCCGACCGCUUUCGCCCAGACAAGGUCAGCACCGUCGUGACCCAGCACCAGAAGCCAGCCCAGCCCACGCCUAUGGAGAGCCGCAGUUCCAUCCUGCAGGCUGCGCAGCAGGCGCCGGAAGACAGCGGGAGGACCCCCAUAUGUGGUGCCUGCAACAAAAUCAUCAGGGGACGGUACCUGGUGGCACUGGGACGGUCUUGGCACCCGGAAGAGUUUACAUGCUCGCAGUGUAAGGCGGUCCUGGAGGAGGGGGGCUUCUUCGAAGAAAGGGGAGCCGUCUAUUGUACGAAGUGCCACGAUAACCGAUACGCUCCGAACUGUGCCAAGUGCAAAAAGAAGAUCAUAGGGGAAAUCAUGCAUGCACUGAAGAUGACUUACCAUGUUCAGUGUUUCAAGUGUGCAGCCUGCAAGAAUCCUAUCAGGAAUCAAGCCUUUUACAUGGAGGAGGGUGAACCCUACUGUGAGAGAGACUAUGAGAAGAUGUUUGGCACCAAAUGCCAUGGCUGUGACUUCAAGAUUGAUGCCGGGGAUCGGUUUCUGGAGGCCUUGGGCUACAGCUGGCACGAUACGUGCUUCGUCUGUGCUCUCUGCCAAAUCAACCUGGAGGGGAAGACAUUCUACUCGAAGAAGGAUAAGCCCCUGUGCAAAGGCCAUGCUUUUGCUCCAGUGUGAGAGAGCGAGAUGUAUCUUCAGAAGAAGGAGGACUGCUCUCUCCCUUCUCUUUACCCCCUGACACUUCUGUAGACGCACCACAUCCCUUCUUGCCACACAACUUGUUAAACUAAGUCCUUUCUCUCUGUGCUGCAGACUUUGUUUUUGUUCUCGAGGCUUAAUGCUGGCUGCACGUACCGUCACUUUACUCUGCUGUUAGGAGACUUCUGAUGGCACUGCCUCUAAUGCCAAAUGCUGUGUUGCAUAACUGGAAGGAGUCGAGGAAUUAUGUCACGCCAUCGGUAACUUUUUGACUUCCGAGUUGUUUUUAGGUCAUGAAAAAAAUGUCACCGCAGGUCACGUCGAUUUGUAGCUGUUAGCGGAGUAAUCUCCCGCCUCUGUUCUCCUCGUCCUUGUUAAUUCAAGUCACCAACUUGAAGGAGUCAUUGAGCCUCUAAUAAUCUCUCAUAUUGCAGUAAUGAUCAAGCACUUCUCUUGCACUAAGUGUAGUGAAGUGCUGGCCCCAUACAGGACCCCAGCCCACUCAUCGGCUCUCGCUGCAGCGCCCUUUAAUGUAAUGGGGGGCCAGUCGAGCAGAAAAGGAGGUGUCCAUUUCUGCUUGACUGGAUCUCCUCCACAGAAUCACUAACUACUUAUUACUUUGACUCUGGCAAGUCAGAGCGCAUACUCCAGCUUGAAGAGUCAUUUAGAAUGAUGUAGUAAUUAACCCAUUUUUAAUCAUCAUACACGCGGGUGAUGGAGAUUGAUUUUUAACUUUUCACAUUCCUUUGAUUUGACUUUUUUUUUUUAAUGAGACAAAGUAAGUCUUUAAGUGUCCCCCAUGUUACUGUGAUAUUAUUCCUUAGAGUACUUUCAAGUCACUGAAUCUGUAUAUAUAUUGCUUCAGAACUGGCCUGUAAGUGUUGUUUUUAUUGCAGCUGAAAGUUUCAAAUAAAAUUAUUUAGUAAUUCCA